AUGUCACAUCCCGCAGCCAGUGUUCGAUCUAUUUAUAGUGGGAAGGUAAAUCUCGACUCACCUGACGAAUUGUAUAACCUCGAUAGUAACAACAAUAGCAGUGCUGAUGUUUCGAGUAUUUCCCAGUCUACAUCAUCUACCAACAAUCAAAAUCUACCAAGAGUUCAACUAGAAGAUGUUUCCUCUUCACAGAUCCAACACCGUGUAACGUCAAAGAACUUAAAAAGCCUAGAGAAUAGCACAUUAACUAAGCCUACAUCUAGAUUUGAUAGUAACAACUACAACGGAACCAAUUCGUCACUUGUUUCCACAGAGUCGGAAUACCAGAACGAUUUAAUCGAUGCAGAAUCAUUAGAUACUGAAGGAGACGAUGAUAUCAUUGCAGCUCCACUGCCACUGGACUAUACAGAUCCAUUCUCAAGACCACUUUCACGAAACUCCACAACUAGUUGUCUUUCUACAACGGCAACAAAAGAUGGGAUAGAAGGAAGAAGAUUUCGCCGCCACGGUCCCACAGCUUAUUCAAGUCAUAUCAUAGCAGGUAUGAUGCAGCAGCAACAACAACAACAACAGAAACUCCUUAACCAACAGAAUCCAACCAAAAGUUUGUUAAACAACGAUGAUGAACAUUACACUCUUUUGGACUCGACCAAUGCAAGUGUAGCCAGUCUUCAUCAAACUUCUAUAUAUCCAGGUACAAGAAGUAGUAGCGGUUCUGAACCUACAGUGUCAUCUAAUGUUAAAGAGGAGUAG